UUCAGACUUUUCAGGAAGUGUGUCCCAUCACAACCGGAGGCGGAGGAGUCGACAGUUCAUUCUAGCUAGAAAGUAAACAACACACGUUAGUUAAACACACACAGCUAAUGACAUGAACUGAUAGUAAACUGUGUAUCACGAAGAUUGAAUCGCGAUUUAAACAGCGGGGACUAAUGCCUGCUGGUCAGGACUGUAACCAUGCCCAUGUUACCUGUAGUGCCUGAAGUCCAGAGUCAUGUGCUGGCUGAGUUUGACUGUCUGGACCCCCUGCUGUCUGCACUCCGCCUGGACUCUGGCAGGCUUAAGUGCACCUGCCUGGCUGUAUCGAGGAAGUGGCUAGCUUUGGGAACGUCAGCUGGAGGGCUGCACCUCAUCCAGAGGGAAGGAUGGAAGCAGAGGCUCAUCCUCACACACAAGGAGGGAUCUAUCACUCAGGUGUCGUGUUGUCCACACGAUGAAGACUUUAUUGCUGUGGCAACAAGUCAGGGCCUGGUGGUAGUGUGGGAGCUUCAACUUGAGCGUCGUGGCAGACCAGAGAGGGUCAGUGUUUCCUGGGAACACCGUGGCCAGACGCUCACCUCUCUCUGCUGGGACACCGCAGCCCUCAGGGUGUUUGCUGGGGACAAAGGGGGCAAGGUGUCCUUCCUCCGCGCUGGAUCCUCCAAACUCGGAAAGGGCUCAGCGUUUGUGAUCUUCCCCGUCCAGACCAUCACUACUGUGGAUUCCAGGGUGGUUCAGCUGGGUUAUCUGGACGGGCGACUGCUGGUGUCCUCUCUCAGCCGCUGCUACCUCUGUGACACGGAGAGGGAGAAGUUCUGGCGUGUCGGUAACAAGGAGCGUGACGGAGAAUACGGAGCGUGUUUCUUCCCUCUGAGCCGCGGCGUGACCGCUGGCCAACCUCCUCUGCUGUACUGUGCCAGGCCUGGGUCUAGAGUCUGGGAGGCCAGCUUCAGUGGAGAUGUCCUCAGCACGCACCAGUUUAAACAGCUGCUGGCUGUACCACCUGCACCUCUCAUCAGCUAUAGAAGUGAGCCCCAUUACAACCAAGCCCAGAAGAGUUCCCAGUCCAUAGCCUUCCCCAGACUGUUAUACUUUGGGGAUCAGAACCUGCUGACGUGGACAGACUCGGCUAUCUAUGUCUUCACUCCUCAGAGUGGCCAGGUACUGCUGUGGACCGAGGUCAAAGACGUGGUUGAGAUAGCGGUGUACCGCAACGAGCUGUUCUGUCUCCAUGGUGAUGGCCGCAUGUCCCACCUCUCGCUGUUGUCUGUGGAGCGGUGUGUCGACAGGUUGCUACGCAGGGAGGCGUGGUGUCUAGCGGCCACGGUCUGUGUGAUGUUUCAACAUGCGAUCGCCCCCAGCAGGGCCAGGAAGUCGAUUCCCAUCGACCGACUGGAUCACCUGAGGUCACAGCUCAGUGUGACCACCCACCUGGAUCUGAUUGGCCAGCUGGAGGAAGUGGUCGCCAAGCUGGAGCCUCUAGACUCCGCCUCCAGCAGUCGCAGGAGCAGCAUCUCCUCUCAUGAGAGCUUCAACGUCCUGGACUGUGGCAUCUACCGUGUCAUUAGCCGGCGAGGCAGCCAAUCAGACGAGGAGACCAGCUCCCUGGUCAGCCAAUCGAUGCUUGAGGAGGAGCGGCUGAAGGAGUUUAGCUUUGUUCAGGAGGAGGAGGAGCAGCAGGGGGCGGAGCAUGAUCCCCAGAGCGGUGGUGGUUUGGAGGUUACUGAACCCAGCGGUAACCACCAGUUCCACCUCCCCCUGUCAUUCCGCCCCAAACACUCCCGCAUCGCCCUGCAGGCCGUCAGAGACAGUGUCUCCAGUUUUGUGAAGAAGACUACUGAGAAGAUCAACACUCUCCAGAUGAACUCUGACCUUUGGCCACGUCCCCCUGACCCUAAGGACGGGGGUCAAGGACAUGUGGAGGCUGUAGCUACCACUGUACCGUUCCCAGAGGACGGUGACCACGAGGAGUGUCUGGACCAAGGAAAUGCAGAGGCGGAUCAACAGGACCUGAUAACGGCUACAGAGAAAGGGAUCUCUCAGAUCCAGGAUCCCUUGGUUCUGUUGGACCCAGCCUGUCUCAAAGAAACUCUACAGGAGUGGAUCCCUGUGUUGGAGAGGGUUCUAGGUCCUGAGCUGGAUCUAGGUCUGGGAAAGCAGAGUCCAGCUGGUGAGGAGGAGGAGACGGAAGAUGCUGCAGACAACCGUCCAGAGAACGUUCAGUCUGAGAUCCCCUCGAGCUCUCCUGAGGGCCAGGAGGAAGGAAAGAGAGGAGAGGAUUCCCCACAACAAAAUGGAGGACAAGAGGACCAGACGGAGGCUCAGGACCAUCACAGACCUGACGAGGCCUCGACUGAAGAGAACCUGAGGGUGUGGUCCCCCAAACCUCUCCCCCCUGACCUCCAGGCUCACCUUACCCAGCUGGCCACUCUGUACCUGGAGCUGGGUUAUUUUGGGGACCCCAUUGUCCAGAAAGAGAGGGGUGUAGUAGGGGUCAAUGCAUUCUUGAGACGGUUCUUCUUCCUUCUGGACCAGGAGCGGGUGAGGAGGAUGUGUCUACUUGGCUACGGGGACCAGCCUGAGGUCCACAUCUCCUUCAUGGAGGCCAUGCUAGAGCUAACCCAGUCCAGUAAGGUGGUAGAGGUGAUCCAGAAAGGAGACCUGCUCAAAUCUCUACGCUGUCUCAGAGAACUACAACCCUGGAGCGCUCCGAUGCUCCUCGCUCACCUGCACAGGUUGUAUGAGAAACAUGGAGAGUUAGCAGUUCGCUCCUUCACCCAGUUCUAUCCCACAAUCCUCCCCUCUGACGUCACAGCCAUGGCCAAACAUAGCCACUUCCUGGCUUACCUAGACAACCUUGUCCAAUCACGGGCCGAGGAACAAAGACUGUCGUUCCUUGGGUCCCUCCUCCAACCAGAGGCUCUGCGACAGGAUUGGCUGGGGCUGGCCCUUACCCACGAUGCACCUCAAAAGAGCGACACACUGACCACAGACGGACAACCGAGAUGGCACUCCCAUUUCUUCAGCUGGGGUUAUGGUCGUCUCCUAUCCCUCCUGAUACGCCUUCCAGCUGACCUGGCCUCCAAACAGAAGAUGGCUGAGACAUGCAGGAUCAACGGGUACUGGACUGGCUAUGUGUACCUGUGCUGUGAGCUCCAACGUCGUACAGAGGCUUUCUCUACCAUCUGUAGACUGGAUGACAUGAGUCUGCUGGAGGAACCCAGUGGCAUGGUGCCUCAGACCAUGGAUGAGUGGAAGAUGCUUCUCCAGCUGUCUCAGCAGUGUAGUAACAGCAGACCGUCUGACCAUAUCCCAACCCCAGAUCCCAACCCCUCCUCAGCUCCCACCCCCUCCUCGGCUCCCACCCCCUCCUCGGCUCCGACCCCCUCCUCGGCUCCUACCCCUUCCCUGGUUCCUACCCCUUCCCCUUCCCUGGCUCCUACCCCUUCCCUGGCCCUAGCCUCCAACGGGACCAGCCCCAGCCUGACCAACGGUGGCGCUGCAGCUGACCAUAUCCAGACAGAGGUGACUCCAGAGAACCUGGUCUUGCGUCUGGCCCGGGCUGUGGGCCCCGACCGGGCCCUUGAGGCCCUACAGGAGGUGGGGAUGCAGUCGGACAUGGAGCUGGGGCCACACUCCACCCUGGUCUGUGAGCUGCUCCGUGUGGCUGAGAAGAGACAGAGGGCUCUGAUCCAGACCAUGCUGGAGCGCUGUGAUCGCUUCCUCUGGUCCCAGCAUGCUUAGUGAGACAACACCAACCAACGCGCCUAGCGGGUCCUCAACCAACGCCAUUCAGAACAACUAUUACGGACAACUGCUCUGGGGAGUAAUGUUAGGGUCAAUUCCAAUUCCAAAUCAGGCAGUUAAACGGAAAUUUAAUUUCCAGUUAUCCACAUUGAAAAAAGCAAUUUAAUUGACUGAAUUGAAAUGCAAUUGAUCCCAGCCCUGAUCUGAUCCAGAGCCGAUCUGAUCCGAAACAAGUUAAAUUACCCUUAAUGUGACCACAAUGCUUACUAACUACUUUUUAAACGGGGCCCUAAUCAUUUAUGUUGUACCGUUCAUGACUACUUUUUAAACUGGGCCAUAAUAAUUUUUGUUGCACCAUUCCGGAGUUACAUUCCUCACCAACAUUCUAGAAUGCGACUCUGGUUGACCUGGUACUGUCAAGACAGAAGACUGUAUUUAAGUUGUUAUAUUUUAUAGUUGCCAAAACCCUGCCUUUACCGAAGAAAUAUGGGAUUAAUCUAUAAAUGAUCUGAAAGUAUUGUUUUUGAAUUGUGAGAUCCUCUGAUGCAUUUUCAAUCCUGAUGAUGGUAUAUCUGACUUCCUCCUUGGGUCAAACUACUGCAACAUGGUUAUAAAGCACCUGAAUUCAUCGUUUUGAAGAUAUUUGUGAAAAUAUAAUUUUAUUGAAAUGCUCUAGUCUAUUAAUAUAAUAUUUAAUGUGAAUAAUAAAAUAUAUGAUGGUGAUCUGA